AUGAAGAACCGUAGACCCGUUACCGAUUCCCCAGCUGUUCAUAAUGCGCCUCUUGCAGCAGACGGUCCUGGAAGAGACAGCUUCUCGAAUACCCUCCUGCUUCUCGUGCUGCUCGGUGUCCCCAUAGUGCUUUCGUUGCUCUUCGGCGGCGGGCUGUUGUUAACAGUGAUCCUCAUCCUGACAACCCUACUACCUCUUCUAGCUAUUUACUGGAUGAUAAUCUCCCGAUACAGCCUACCUCCAAACAACAAAGUUAAACUACCAAAUCGUUCCGUCGAACACUACAUAACCUUCAAAUCCGACACCGACAAAGCGAAAUGGAGCGGACGCAACACCAUCCCAAUCCAUACCUUCGGCGAGAUGUACAUCGACGGGAAAGUAACCUUCAACGGAGACUGUCUCGAGAUGAUGGAGUACCGCCACGACUGGUCCAACUUCUCCUUCACGUGGUCUCUCUGCCGCUACAUCGUCUUCACCUUCGGCAUUGAUACGCUCUUCCACACACGGGCUCAGGACAUGGAUCAGGUGCGGCCUAACUACGAUCAGGGCGAUGACCAUUAUUCGUAUUUUCUCGGCCCUCGCAUGGUAUACACCAGUGGCGUCAUAUCCGACACAUCUCGUGAAGAGACUCUCGAGGAAAUGCAGGACAACAAGAUGGCUAUCGUGUGCGAGAAACUUGAACUCCGGGAAGGCGAGACACUCCUCGACAUCGGCUGUGGCUGGGGCACGCUUGCGAAGUUCGCGAGCGUCAACUACGGCGCGAAAGUCACCGGAGUAACAUUAGCACGCAACCAGACCGCCUGGGGCAACGAAGGACUCCAGAAAUCCGGUAUCCCCGACUCACAAAGUAAGAUUCUCUGCAUGGAUUACCGUGACGUUCCCCGCGGUAAGAAAUUCGACAAGAUAUCGCAGCUCGAGAUGGGCGAGCACGUCGGCGUGAGGAGGCUUACGACGUUCUUCCGCCAGUGCUACGAUAUGCUCGAGGAUGACGGGGCGAUGUACGUUCAGCUUUCCGGCUUGCGACAGGCGUGGCAGUAUGAAGACUUUAUCUGGGGGAGCUUUUUGAAUAAGUAUAUUUUCCGCGGCGCGGAUGCUUCGACGCCGCUUUGGAAUUAUACGAGAAGCCUCGAGAUGGCUGGCUUUGAGAUUAAGAGUGUUGAUACGAUAGGUGUGCAUUAUUCCGGCACGUUAUGGCGGUGGUAUCGGAACUGGCUAAGCAAUCGCGAAAAGAUCGAGGCCAAGUUUGGGGAACGAUGGUAUCGUAUUUGGGAAUUGUUCCUAGCUUGGUCCACGAUAGCAUCUCGUCAAGGUAGUGCAGCCUGUUUCCAGAUUCUGGUCGUCAAGAACUUGAACGGUGCACCUCGGAUCGAUGGUGUGACUUCUCAGUAUGGGCUCGCUGGUGCACUAGAAAGGAGUCGCGCAGCGGGGAAGAGCAGCUUGGAAUGA